AUGAGUAAUUUCAACAAUGAGAGGCGGUUCUUUAACUAUCCUGAGCCUCAGGAGGGAAAUCCGGUCUUGAGAGGACCUUUUCUCGUUGCUGCUGCGUUUUUGAUGGAAUGGAUCCGAUUUAUUCGUGAGACCGCUUGGGCGAAUGCGGGUUUCGCUUCGCUCCGGAACAUCCGGACUUAUCUUGAGCAUUUCGAGCCUCGCUACGAUCCAACUGUCGUGCCGAUCGCGCUCUCUGAAGCUGAGGCUAAAGAACGCGGUGAGAGGGUUCAGAUUUCGGCUUUGCAGCAGGCGAAUAAUUCUCAGAUAUUGAAUCCGUCGAAAUUCUACUCGGCAGCUGAUUAUAGAGCUCUCUAUCUCUCUGGAGAGCUUACUCCGGUUGAUGUUGCCAAGGCGAUUCUGCCUCUCGUUGAAACCGAAGGCCCGACACCUGGACGGCACGCCCAAGGCUGGAGGGAGCUCAAUGUCGAGCGUAUUAUGAGAGCCGCUGAAGCUUCAACUGAACGCUACAAAAACAAGCAGCCCCUCGGCCCCCUCGACGGUGUACCCUCUGCUAUCAAAGACGACUAUGAUUUAGAUGGCUACUCAACAACUCUCGGCUCUCCCAGAGAUUAUACCGAGACUCCUAAAGACGGAGAAUCAACUACAAGCUGGAUCGUACGAAAACUCGAAGAAGCAGGCGUUGUCAUCAUCGGCAAACUCGCCAUGCACGAGUUCGGACUAGAUACGACCGGAAACAACCCCAAUCAAGGAACGCCGCGUAACCCCUUCAAUUCAGGCUAUUACACCGGGGGAAGCUCAUCUGGUCCUGCGUACGCUGUCAGUUCUGGACUUAUCCCCCUCGCGUUGGGCAGUGAUGGCGGUGGCAGUAUUCGCAUUCCUGGAUCGUUUUGCUCGGUGUUUGGGUUGAAGCCCACGCAUAACAGACUUGCUUCUUGGCCUGGUGCGAAUCACUCACCGACAUGUGCUGUUCAGGGACCUUUGGCUGUUGAUAUGCAGUCGUUGGCAGCUGCGUACGAAGCCAUCGCUGAACCUCAUCCCUCAACGCAAUUUCCUCCUUUGGCUCUGCAACCUUCACCGCCUGUUACGAAAGUUCUUGGUAUCUUUGAUGCAUGGAUCUCGCGCGCUACACCUAGUGUUCAGUCAUUGGUUCGUGGGCUUAUUGAGUCUUUGGCUGCUAAGCAUGGAUAUACUCUUGUCCCGAUCGAAAUUCCUUUUCCUGCUGAGGGUCAGAUGGCACAUGCACUUACUGUUUUGACUGAUGCUUCCACAUUACUUUAUGAUACGAAGGGUUUGACGCCUGCUAACAAGAUUCUUCUUGCACUGGGAAGGACUACGCCUUCGACGGAUUAUCUGCUGGCUCAGAAGUUGAGGGGGAUGUUGAUGCAGCAUCUAUCAUAUCUUUGGAAGACAUACCCCGGCAUGCUUAUCAUAACCCCCACAACCGCUUGCGCCGGUGCGCCUAUCCGCGGUGGAAAAUCCGAGUUGUCUUACGGCGUUAACGACGGAAAUUAUACGCUCCAAAGCAUGGAAUACGUCUGGCUCGCUAACUUCUGUGGUCUCCCCGCCAUAAAUGUCCCAGCUGGAUACGUCGUUCCCGAAGGUAGGAAAGACGCGGGCGAAGUUGCUGAUAGAGAUACGGAGGGUAAAAUUCCAGUCGGACUUAUGGCUACGGGCGAGUGGUGCAGUGAAGAUGCGCUGUUGCAGUUUGGUUUUGAUGCAGAGGCUGCUGGACAGGAACUUCGAAGCAAGCCGCCGAAUUGGGAGGAUGUGAUUGAGAGGGCUAAAGAUGAGGCUAAGAUGAGUAGAGGGCCGCGCCGUGCAGCCGGGAAACAGAAGAAUGAAGGCCAAAGAAUUGACGGCCCUGUCAGCGCCUCUCAGUAUACCAUCCGCGAACUCACUAGCUCAGAGGAAGAUAUCCAACAAGCAUGGAAAUUGUGGCACGCCAUCUUCCCGGACUGGCCUAUCGAGCAAGGUCGGUUCGCAGGGCUUCUUUUUGGCAUAAGGGGUCAGCACUGGAUUCACGAGCAUGGAUUCUGCCUGUCAUACUAUUCCAAGAGCGGGAACUCCGGACAUAUCGCAGCCAUCGGAGUCUUGCCCGAAUACCGUCGUAAAGGACUCGGUGAUGCACUUCUAGAGAAAGGAAAGGCUGGGCUGAAAAGUGCAGCGAAGAAUGUAGGUCAGGAGUUGAACUCUUUAGCGGUGGGGUCUAUUUUCCCGAGAUUUUGGUACCGAGUGCCAACCAGUCUCUAUCCCGAUUCAAAAGAGUUUUUGUCUCACAGAGGCUCAUACGAAACUACUGAUACUGUACGAGACCUUUACAAGGACAUCCAGACCGAGAUUGCCUCGCCUGAGAUAAUGGAGCGUGUCUCAAAGACAAAUAUCAAGUUCACUCUAUGGUCGCCAGAACUGUACGAAGAAUGCAUGGCCAAACAAAAUGAGCUAUUCACCUGGGGCGGCAUUUACGAAGCUCUCGCAGCACGAGGCCAACAUCACGAAGUAAUGGUCGCCAUUGACCCCGACACCAACAAGCAGAUUGGCUGGACUCUGAUGUGCUCUUUCGGAUCUUCAGCCGGCGAUGCUUUCGCAUUUCUUCCUCUCCUUCCUUCCGGAGAAAAGACUGGUCUUAUUGCUGCGGUUGGAGUGGAUGAGGCUGCAAGAGGCAAAGGUGUUGGAUUAGCGCUUGUUGUCAAAGCGAUGGAGAAUCUAAAGGAGAGAGGUAUGCAGGGGAUCCUUAUUGAUGCUGUUGCAAUACGGGGGUUCUAUGAGAAGUUAGGCUACGAGACGCAGUGGGAGUAUGAGGCGUGUAAUUUUGAUCUGGCUAAAUAA